AUGUCGGGGUGCGUGUGGGGCGCGGCGCCGCCGCUGCUGCUGGAGGCGCUGGGCCGGCUGUGGGAAGUGCAGGCGCCGCUGGGCAGCGGCUCCUCGGCCUCCGUGUACCGGGUGCGCUGCUGCGGGGACCCGCGGGCCCCUCCCGGCGCCGUUAAGGAGUUCGUGCCGCCCCCGGCCCGGCCCGGCCCCGCGCGCCGCCCCGGCGCCCGCCCGCCCGCCGCCGACUGCGCCGAGUACGGCUUCCGCAAGGAGCGCGCCGCGCUCGAGCAACUCCGCGGGCACCGCAACAUCGUGACUCUGUACGGCGUGUUCACCAACCACUACUCGGCCAACGGCCCGUCCCGCUGCCUGCUGCUGGAGCUGCUGGAUAUCAGCGUGUCCGAGCUGCUGCUGCACUCCAGCAACCAGGGCUGCUCCAUGUGGAUGAUCCAGCACUGCGCCCGCGAUGUCCUGGAAGCCCUGGCCUUCUUGCACCACAAAGGCUACGUGCACGCAGACCUCAAGCCACGCAACAUCCUGUGGAGCGCGGAGGAGGAGUGCUUUAAGCUCAUCGACUUUGGACUUAGCUUCAAAGAGGGGAAUCAGGAUGUGAAAUAUAUUCAAACAGACGGGUAUCGGGCUCCAGAGGCAGAACUGCAGAACUGCCUAGCACAGGCAGGGCUCCAGAGUGAGACGGAGUGUACCUCUGCUGUGGAUCUGUGGAGUCUGGGAAUCGUUUUACUGGAAAUGUUCUCAGGAAUGAAACUGAAACAUACAGUCCAAUCUCAGGAAUGGAAGACAAACAGUUCUGCCAUCAUUGAUCGCAUUUUUGCCAGUGAAGGGGUGGUUAAUUCAGCCAUUCCAGCUUAUCACCUCAGAGACCUUAUUAAAAGCAUGCUUCAUUGUGACCAAGGCAAGCGAGCCUCUGCUGAAAAGGCUUUGUGCAGCCCAUUCUUCAGCAUUCCCUUUGCUCCCCAUAUUGAAGAUUUGGUGAUGCUCCCCACACCUGUGCUGAGGCUGCUGAAUGUUCUAAGCGAUGCUUCUCUGCAGAGUGAAGAAGAAUAUGAAGAUAUCCUGGAAGACAUAAGGGAGGAGUGUCAGAAAUAUGGACCAGUGGUUUCCUUGCUUAUUCCAAAGGAAAAUCCUGGUAAAGGCCAAGUCUUUGUUGAAUAUGCAAAUGCUGGUGAUUCCAAAGCUGCCCAAAAAAUGCUGACUGGAAAGAUUUUUGAUGGCAAGUUUGUUGUGGCUACGUUUUACCCACUGAGUGCCUAUAAGAGAGGAUAUCUGUACCAAAACUUGCUGUAGGCAGUAGCAACAAUCAGGAGAGUUGUCUCACUCCUCUUCCUCACGUAUUUUACAGUUGAAUGUACAAAAGAGCUUCCUAGCCCUGCUUCUGAGUCAUCUGUAAAGGAGAGAUGCAAAGGACUGAAACGGGCUUUGAAACCUUUACUGCUGCUUUGUGAUGUGCAGAGGAGGCCUGGAUGGCUUUAAGCGUGUGCUUGUGUGUGUGUAUGUGUGUGUAGUGCUUGCUUGUUUACAUUGGAUGUUUGGCUUUGCCUGCCCCUGCGGGCACUGCGGUGACUGGAAGGUGGCUGCGGGAGCCUUGCAGGCAGAGCAGGUCUCAGCAAGCACUUUCAAAUGAUGGAAGUGAGACCACUGAAUGUCCUGGCCUUAGCCUGGUUUUGCUCUGCAGAGAGGAUUUCUUUAUUAAGCUUUCCUAUGAUACCUGUGCUCUCCUCUAAUGGGGAGGAAGAAGGCUUCCCUGCCUUGCUGUUUGUGGUGAAUCGAGCAGAAGCACCAUUCUUAUCCUCUCAAGAUUGUAUUGGGAAGACUUUGAGUCUCCACUUCCCUUAGAGCAAAAGGAAGGAAGCAGGAAAAUGGUACCUGCUGAGCCUGCAGUGCUACCCUGUCACUGACUGGUGAUCUGAGAAGAGCCGCAUGUCUCACCUGGCACAGAUGGCAUGCUGGGCUCGGGGAGCGAGGGAUGGCUGAGCUGAACUUGUGUGUGUGGGAUAGGCAGGGACUGACUGGGUGUGGUUAAAUGUCGUCAGAGCAGUGCCAGCCUCAGUCCCAACACAACCUGUAAGCACUUUGUAGCCUGAGGUGAUGUGAAAACUGUCACAUGGAGUCAUCCUUCUAGCCUGCACCCUGUGCUGGCACUGACGCUCUGAGCUCUGAUGCCAAAUCAUCUGUAAUAUGCAAGUGUCUUCAGGUGAUGUUUUUGGAAAGGGGUGUGCAGUAUUCUUUGUGUGUCUGCAGGACUUCUGCCUGAGAGUCUUACAAGAAAUAAUGUAUUUGUCUGUUGUAGGUUCCACGCUUGGCUUUUCUGUGUUGUGCAUUUUGUUUUUGCGUUAACCCACUAGACUUGUUGUAGAUUAGAAGCACUGACACUUUUGGUCCUUAAUAGGUUGCACAAAGGGCCUGAGGCAAUCUGAGAUCCUGUUUGGAAAGGGCUUGGUCAGUAAUGACUCUUAACUGGCCAGAUUGAUGUCUUUCCCAGUGUCAGGGACAACAGCCACAGGCUUCUGGAGAAAGAACCUGGGUGAGCAGCAUCACCACUCCCCUCUCUGCUCAUGUGGCUUUAAUGCACAGGCAAAAGAUCCCUAGAGCAGCUGCUAGCAUGGAGCAGCCAGAUGGUUGCUUCUCAGGGGCACACAGACCCAUGUCUGUGUGCAGGGACAGACAGCCCUGCACAGAGGGGAAUAGCAUAUUCCAGCGUGCAGCCCUGGUACCAGGUUAGUGAUGAGGAGAGCCCUCCUAUCACAAACCCUCCUGAAUUCUUUUCUCCAGCUGGAAUACUUGAAGGCAGCUGCCCAAAACUGUCUCUGGCAGUUAAUAAUACCUGAAUUACCUUGCAGUUUACUUCCUUGCAGUUUACUUCUUGCAUCUUGCUGAUGCUGGACUUGCUGGAAUCCUGCACUUAAAUGGUCCUCCUGAUUUUUGCCCUGUGUGUGCAUGUGUGCAGUGUGUUGGAAGAACCAACAUCUGUAGCGUUUCCCUAGUCUCUGUGCUGGCGUGGAGGCCUGUCUACUACAGCCCUUGCCAAACUUACCCAGAAAGGACCAAUCUCUGAAUUUUCUGUAGCCUUUGAGGUGGUAGAUUUUCCAGGAAUAAAAAUCCCACGGUGUGUUUUAAGGUAUGAUUUGCUGAUCAGACUGUACCCAGAAUUAUACUACUUUGGUGUACGUAGCUGUAAAGCAGCUUUGCUUAGAUGGGGUGUGUGAUUCAUUGCUUUUAAUUCAGCUGUCCUUGCAGUGAAGCAGCUUUAUUGUCUGGGAGGAUCCAGAUGAUGGUUGGAUUAGGGUUUUUUCCUAUGUGAAGAGCAGUGUUUAAUUUGUAUCAAGUGCUCCAAAUGUUGCUAGGUAGUAACUGACCUCCUCAGAUCUGAGUUUUUGCUGUCUCUGGCAGGCUUGGCCAUUGGUACCGGCACUUUGGCCCAGGAAUUCCCAGGUUCAGUGCCAUUAUGUCAGCAGCACAGAGCUGGCUGCGUUGUGCCUCAGCUGGCAGAGGCAGGGCUGAGGGAUCUGCCCAGCUAAGUGUCAGCCAUGGUAGCAUGGAAGGCUCUCAGCGAUGGUGGGACCUGUGCAUCUCUCCAGUGCUGGGAGCUGCUCUGCUCUCUUUCAAGCUUAUCUCCUUUUCAGGCAGUUGGCUUUGAAUUUUUGGUUAAAGGUGAGAGCUGUGCCAGGAACUACAUACAUCUGAAGAUGCAAACUCCUGCCGACACAUUUUCUCACUCAAUGAGACCAGGCUUGAGUGCUGAUUCGAGCAAAAAACCUAAGGCUGUUGGUUUUUUUUGUUCCCUGCUGGCUGGAGUUGAAGAUGCUGUCACUGGAUCCAGUCCCUGACUUUUCUCUGCAGAUGCUGAUCUCUGUCACUGGGUCCAGUCCCUGACUUUUCCCUGCAGGCUGCAGGGAGGUGUAGAAAUUCCUCAGAACAGAAGUAUUUUAGCAUUAUCUGUCACCAUCUGCCUGUAGCUUGAUAGAAGAACGCUCUGAAACUCACCCUGGUGUCUCAGUGAGCUCUUGGUGGUUUGGCAUAAGUUGCAGCCCUGCUAAAGCCUGUGUUCCUUAACUCUAGAUUGUACCUGAGUGUGCGUGAUGGUUUGAUCUAAAGUGACUGUUUGGCUGUGGAUGGGCAUGGCUCUCCUUGUCUCACAGUACUACUUGCUGAAGGGGUGAGGUGAUGAGGUUUUCCCGCAGAUGCUUGCAGGUUUCUUGGUCUGUGCUGCAGGUAGAGCUUCCUCCUAUGAGCUGUCCUUCUCCACAACAGUGCUGGGUCUUUCCCUGGUGCUGCAGCUGUCACUGGGGUCAUGUUCCCAGUGCAAGCUGUGGAGCUCUUGCAGUGUCUGGAGAGGAAAUUGUGGCUGGGAGAAGGUAUCAUCUGGGGAGAAACCUGCUUCAGGGAAAAGGAUGAAAGGUGAAGUCUCUGGAGACAGCAAAGCUGUGAGCGGUGUCCCUGUGCAGGGCUUUUCCUGGCUCUUAAAGCUGAGGGCCGAAGGUGGAAUGAAAUCCAGCAGCCAGUUUCAGCUGCUGUGUGCGUGCAUGUGUGCGAGCAGGGUGAGAGAUAAAGUUCUUUGCGCUUCCAGCUCUUUAUUACAUCCAGGGAGAGUAACUCUGGGUCACUGCUUGAGGCACGGCCAGAUCCCAUCUUCAUUUCCAGCUCCAUCCCCGCUGCUCUCAGCACGGUGCCGGCACGGCACACCUUGGCUCGUCCUCCUCGAGCACUCGGCGCAGCCCCUCCUCCCCCUCUCCGGAUCCGUGACCUCGCUCUCCAUCCGGGUUAGGUGUGAGCCGUUGUACCCCGUCACGCUGAGCGGCCGUGCGCUCGUUCCCUCCCCGAUGAUCAAUAAAUGACGCUUGGAGACA